AUGCCCAGUCACAGAUCUAAAACAGGACUGGUGUUUAAACACGGUGCGUCAGGUGAUUCUGACGGGAACCUUUUUACCCACCUGAGGCUGAAACCUGGUAAAAAUGCCAACAAAGCCAACUAUGCCAACAGUGCCACUCCUCCUGGAUAUGAUGGGAAUCUGGAUGAGCUCAGCGCUGUAAACAGGAACACCAGGAGGUUCCCGGUUCUCAGUGGAGGAACAUAUAAAGAGCAAAGAGACCUGUGGUCACCACACUCAGCUGAGAGCUUCAGAACCUUCACUGACGAGGACAAAGACUCAGAGUCUGUGAUGGAAGUCCUGCUCAGAGACGAUCCCUUCUUCGGGGACGGGUACCUGCUGUGGCCCAGACCGCGAGGACUUACCGAGCGCUUCCUGCAGCGCAGAGCUAACACCAUGCAGAGACUUAACAUGGACAGUCUCAUGAAUCAGCUCUUCCAGAGUCUGGAACAGAUCUCCUCAUCAUCAUCAUCAUCCUCUUUAUCAUCUGCUUCCUCCUCCUCCUCCUGCAGACACGCCCGUCCCUACAACGUCUCCCUGAACACUUGCGGCUUCUCCGCGGAGGACAUCACGGUCAAAGUGCGUGGAGGAAAGCUGGAGGUCCGGGUGGCUACACCCACCAACCCUGAUGCAGACGCCACAAACCCAAACACCACAGGGUUCGUGAGGAGUGUGGAUCUUCCCGAUCACGUCGACCCGUCCACGCUCGCCUGCACGCUGGGGGACGACGGCUUCCUUAGAAUCGAGUCCAAACCCAAGGAGAUGUCGGAGGAGGAGCGUCUCGUUCCCAUCCGCUUCAGGACCACGCUGGAUUUCCCUCUCAACAAAGACGAUCCGGAGAAGAACGACUAAAACAGAGACGCAACAUAAACACUGAUGUCUAUUUAUUAAUGAAUAAAAACGAAAAUAAGCUUUUUUAUUAAAACUGUAAGAUUUAUUUUGUCCAAUUGUUUUACAGCAGCAACAAUUAAAUGUUUGUAUAAAGAAAA